GGUAGAGCGUAGCAACCUCGAAAAUUAUCAAACGACGACUUUCGCUAACCAUUAUCCCACCAUGCUCACUGCUCAGGUAAAAAAAGAAGGGCAGAGGAAGAAUGGGUUCAGUGAACCGAAACGUUGCCGCUUCAAUGGCUAUGAAGAAAAUCCGAAACUUAAAGAUGACUCGCGGAGCGAGCUGACGUUUACACAUGUCGGACAGAAACUACCAUUUACAAGUCGAGACGAGGAGCUCAGUCAUCUAGUGGAAUGUGUUCGAACGAACAUGAACAUUUGGCGUGCCUCUUACGACUCCAAGGACGUGUCUAGCAAUCAGAAUAUUCGGAAUGAGGAGUGGAAGCGUGGCUAUCAGCAUUUAAUGGUCGCAGAUGGUCCCGGUCGCGGAAAGACAACGCUUAUGACACGUGGUUGUGCAAAAGUUAUGCAGAGUCAUUUCAAGGACAACUACACUGGCCGUUGUUUUCUCUGGGACCUGGAUGUCAGUCCACUUGACUCCACAGAAAUUAGAUUAUUCAGGGACAUUACUGGCCAAGAGGCGAACAUUGCAGGUGCUCAGACAGUGCUUGCUCUGCGUAUACUCCACCAGUCUAUAAACGACAACAGUAAGUACAUUGGGUUUCUUGCCAAUCUCGAUAUUGUCCUCAAACAAAGUCUCCUUGAACUUGAAGACAUCACGUUAGAGGCCGUGCUGGAGCACAUUCAUGCUCCCUCUACUCUCAGUUCUCUGCCGGGUAUUGUACUACUGCACAUCAGUGAGACAAAUUCGUUGCUUGACAAGCCACCUUAUGACAUCCUUCAACUGUUAAUGAAAGCAGCUUACCAUUUCAAUAAGGACCAGGCAUCGAGUCCAAGCGGCCAUUACAUGCUUAUUACAACUUUUGAUGGCUCGUACCGAGCAGAGUUGUUAGAGGCGUUCAACAUCAGCGGAAUGCAGCCCUUUCUAAUUCACCUGCGUCCGAUGACGGUCCAGACAUACGAACAGAUUCUGUGCGGCCUUGGAAAGAAAGCAAUCGAGGAAGGCACUGAAGCUACUACAUUCAUCGAAAAGUUCAAGUUCUAUGCACCCGAGCAGUUCGCAGCUGCACUUGCAGAUUGUGGAGACAAUGUUCGACUUUUCUCCCUCAUGGUCUACACAGUUGGCUGCUACAAUCACAAAUCGCGUUCGUUCAGUUGGGAUCGGUUAUUCCAAAAUUUGCUGGCGUUCAGUAAUAAUACUGUUCACGUCGCACGCUGGAUGAAUACCGUACAUCACCUUGUGCUUACGUCCUUUCCCAAGUACAUCACUCGUCUCCAAAAACUGGAUACCCCUUGUUUGCUGCGUGUGCUGACACCCGCAUUGCUUGGUGAUCCAAUAGAUGUGAACCCAUCAUCAAAGAUAAUGGAAUCGGACAUUAGUUGGAUGGAUCUGGAGAAAGAUGGUGCCAUCAGUCUCGUCAGAAACGGCGGAUUCAUUCGUGUCGAGCUACCGUUCAUGCUUGUCCAACUUUUUCUUGGCCGAGUUCAGGACAACUGCGAUUCGGUAGUUACUUUUCUACAUUUGCUUAACCAUCUCCAUGAUGAAUCGAAUUGGCGUCAGAAUGAAAAAUGUGACAUUGCAAUGGUGGUCCUGCGACUCCUGAACUGGCAUUUCAGCCAUCCGGCUCGCAAUACGUUUACUCUGAAGGAUAUAUUGCCAGAUCUCCAUGGGACUGCUGCGAACAUACAGUUAAAGGUUCCUCAAGCAAUACAGCAACUGGAUUUUCUGGGAAAUUAUAUAAGAGAACUAAAUCGACAUUUCAACGACGACAAGGAUCUAAAAGAAGGUGCUUAUAUAGGGGCUGGGAAUGAAACUUUCGCAGAUUCAUGGAUCGUCUUUGAACGUAAUUAG